AUGAUGAUCAAACUGGAAAAGCUGGAAAUUGAGUCUUAUGGAGAAUUGAAAAAGGCUAAAUGUGGAUAUGCACUGGAAAAUCAUCAAGGAAAUAUAGAGCGCGACUUCUUUGAAGAGUUUUCCAAAAUGGGGAGAGGCACCAAAAGUAAGGGGAGGUCUUUCCUCAUGUCGAAAUAG